AUGGCAUCUACAGCAGCAGGACUAUGUAGCCCGAUCCAGCUCUCCACCAGGUUCACCCGGCCGAACCCGUCGGCCGCGUCCCUCAAGUCACUCAGCUCGAACCAGGCCCUGUUCGGGCUGAAAUCCAGAGGAGCUGGAGCGGGGAGGAGGAUGGCGGCGAUGGCAUACAAGGUGACCCUCAAGACCCCGGAGGGAGAAAUCAGCUUCGACUGCCCCAGCGACGAGUACAUCCUCGACGUCGCCGAGGAGGCCGGCCACGACCUGCCGUACUCCUGCAGGGCCGGCUCCUGCUCCUCCUGCGCCGGGAAGGUCGUCAGCGGGGAGGUGGACCAGUCCGACCAGAGCUUCCUCGACGACGAACAGAUAGAGGAAGGGUGGGUUCUCACCUGCGUGGCUUACGCGACCUCCGACGUCGUCAUCGAGACCCACAAGGAGGAAGAGCUCGUCGGCUGA